CUGAUUAAGUAAGUAGAUUAGAGGCCAUGUGCCUCCCUUCUUCUUUCACUUUGCCUUGUUGGCAGACAGACCGACACAUCAGGAGGAACCGGACAGACUGCAGCUUUGGUCAAGAUGUUUCUGUUCUUCUGGCCGGCUCUGCUGGCUUUGAUCCCUUUGAGUAUCAGCGUCAGUCCUGGAGUGAAGGUCAAACUUACUCAGAAAGGUCUUGAAUACGGCAGACAACUGGGGAUGGCUUCAGUCCAGCAGAAACUGAAAACCCUUAAAGUCCCAGAUAUCUCAGGGGCAGAGAAGGUGAAUCCUAUUGGAAAGGUCCAUUACACCCUGUCAAACAUGAAGAUAAUGGAUGUGGGACUACCACAGUCCGAGGUGGAUCUAGUACCGGGGACUGGUUUCAGACUGGCCAUUGGUAACGCCUUCAUCAGUAUGAAUGGAAACUGGAAGGUCAAGUACCUCAGAUUAAUGAAGGACCAUGGCUCGUUUGAUUUGACCGUGAAGGGACUUACCAUCACUACGAGUAUCGCUAUCAACAGUGAUGAGACGGGUCGACCCACCGUCAGUAACCUUAACUGUGCAGCCACAGUGGGCAGUGCCUCCAUCAAAUUCCACGGUGGAGCAAGCUGGCUGUACAAUCUCUUCAACAAGUUCAUUGAUAAAGGUUUGAGAAAGGCUCUGCAGCAACAGAUCUGCCCUCUGGUGGCUGACGCUGUGUCUGAUAUGAAUCCUAAGUUGAAAACUCUCAACGUCUUAGCCAAGGUAGACCAGUAUGCAGAGAUUGAAUACUCCAUGGUAUCAUCUCCUGCAGUGUCAACAUCUUCUGUAGACUUGAGCUUGAAGGGUGAAUUUUACAACAUCGCGAAGCACCAGGAGCCUCCUUUCUCCCCCUCUGCCUUUGCCCUGCCCCCCGAAGUCAACGACAUGUUGUACAUCGGUGUGUCCUCCUUCACCGCCAACUCGGCAGCUUUCGUCUACAGCAAAGCUGGAGUCCUCAGUCUGUACAUCACGGAUGACAUGAUCCCUCAAGGCUCUCCCAUCAGACUCAACACCAGGACUUUUGGAGCCUUCGUCCCACAGAUAGCCAAACAGUUCCCAGGUCUGUUGAUGAAGCUGCUGGUGAAGACUGUGAAGAAUCCUGUCAUCACCUUUGAACCCAACAAUGUCACCAUUCAGACCUCCGGCGCAGUGACAGCCUACGCCAUCCAACCCAACGCCACACUCACCCCUCUCUUUGUCCUGAACUUGGACAGCAGCGUCAGUGCCCGAGUGUUCGUGAGUGGAAUGAGUCUCGCUGGAGCUGUCACCCUAAACAAAAUGGACCUGACCCUGGGGACCAGUUAUGUUGGAGAGUUUCAGGUCAGGUCCCUCGACAACAUCUUCCAAAUGGUCCUCAAGCUGGUAGUAAUACCCAAACUGAACGCAAAACUUGCAAAGGGAUAUCCACUCCCUACUCUUGGAAAGAUGAAGCUGGUGAACACUCAGCUCCAGGUCCUGAAGGACUACAUGCUGAUUGGCACAGAUGUUCAGUUCAUGGGCUGAAAGGCACUCCUGGACACUCCCUGGAUUCUUUUCUGCAGCAGGCUGGCAUGAAGACACGAUGAUGGUCAGAGUAAAACAACCUGACAUCAAAUAUUUAAAGAAAAAAUACAAUCAAGUCCAAAUAUUAUUUCUCCUUGCCCCUGGGAAAUAUGUAACUGACACACCUGUACUCUUUUUACUUUCAAUGUGAACUCAGACCAGUUUUCAGUACACCGAGGGGGCUGCAAACUUUAUAACAGGACACAGACAACAGGACAGGGUCGUCUCUUUGUCCCAACAAUAAUCUUUACAGCAGUUAUAUCCUCCUUCAAAAGCAGAUCACAGUGAGUUCUGCUGCUGCCCUGUGUUAAAUUAUUCCUCAAAGUUUAUGACUUUGCAGCCAGGAGAGCAAUUCUACCAUGUUUUCAUUCAUUCCAUUUUUACUGCAGUUUGAGGAGUCUCGUGAAAAGAGAUGACCUUCAGAUGAAACUAAUCAAACACAAGAGUCUAUCAAACAAAAGUUAGAUUCAACAUCAGAACAUGUUGUGGUCUCUUCAGCAGUUUAAUAUGUAGAGAGAUAGCAGCUGUAUAAAUAACACUCAUCAUCACAGUCCAAUCUGACAGUAGAACAACUCAAAUGUCCGUAUAAACACCCUCUGUGUGUCGUCAUCUGAGGAGGUCAGUGUCUGAGCUCUGUUUCAGACAGGGGCAGGGUGUUCAUCAGUCCAGAGUGCUUCUCUGUGCUCCUCAGCGAGCUGUGGUGCAGGGCUCGGCCUCUCAGACUCUGGGAGGUGGCAGACGAUAUCUGGAUUAUAGACACAAAGUACAAAACAUCAGAGAAUGAGUGAGAGGGUGAGGAAAUCCUUAAAGGUACCAGAAGAGACCUUAUCGAUUGUGAUACAACGUCCUCAGGAAACUACUUCUUGUCAUCUUUCACCUUGUUUAUUUUUUAUGUGACCCUGAUAAUCAUGAGUCUGAAUUAAAGGAAUACAACCUGAAAAACUC